GUAUAUGUAUACGUUCGCGGAAGAGGUCGAGGACGUUACGUUUGCGACCGUUGUGGAAUUCGCUGCAAGAAACCGAGCAUGCUGAACAAACAUAUCAAAUCCCAUACUGAUAUUCGCCCGUACAAGUGUAAGGAGUGCAAUUUUUCAUUCAAAACGAAAGGUAAUUUUACGAAGCACCUUAGCUCCAAAACCCAUCGCCGGCGUCUUGUACAAGGUAAUGGUAACGACAGCGAUAACGAAGAUGGGCUUGUAAUUGCAAGUCCAGACGAUGACACAGUUGAGCAGCGGUUUCCGUUUGAUGAGAUGGACUCGAUCCUGGAUAGAGGAGGGAGCUCCGACGAAGAAAACGACGAUCACUUACCUCCGGUGCAGGAGUCAGUUGAAAAUCCAUACCGAAAGUUUGGCCAAGAAAAUAUUCUCGUUGAACGUGCUGCUCACACACCACCAUCUCGCUGGAUGCUUGUUGAAGAGGAGGUUGAGAACAGGUGGCCCGAAGCUGAGCGUAAUAGGAACUGCAGCUCGGCGCCACCAUCCGCAAUCAGCCCUACGAAAGAAGAUCGAGAGGAGCAAGGUAACAAAAAAUCUCGUACUGAUGUGCUGCUAUCUCUCAAGUUUCAGUGA